CCUCGGCUCUGUGACGUGAUGCAAUGUUCAGACGUGACCGAGUUACAUCAUGUGAUGAAAUGGUAAAUGACAUGAGUCAUGUGAUAAUAUUUCCUGAAUGUGGGCAAAGGUACAGUAAUCUGUCAAGGUCAGAAGCCUUUAUAUACGUCUACAGUAACAGGAUUACUCCAAAGUAACCAGCUGCAGAGAUGGGAAUGUUAGAAAUAGACUUCGACAUAUGUCAUAUACAGGAUGAAGUACUUUAUUUUAGCUGUGUUUACCAGGCAGAUAGUUGGAAAAAAGCAAGUUCCUGCUGCAUAAAAGGAACUAUUGAAAACUAUUUUAAAGAAUGCUUGGAAGCUCACCCUGAGGGUCCUAGUGGUUCUAAGGCAGUAUUUGCUAAUCCAUCAGAUCCAGAUCGACGGAAUUUUGAGCUUCAAGCAUAUAGAACCAACAUUAUAUAUGAUGGCCUGUCUGUAGCUUUCACCGUCACAGUUAAUAAUGAACAAUACUGCCUGUGUUGCUCAGAAGAGAUGGAGCUGUUCUUUAAGAAAGAAAAUUGUCCUGACACUAUUAUAGGAGAAAAAAGCGGAAUCAUCUUUUUUCAAAAACAAUUCAGCGAAGGAAACGAAUCUUUCAAAUUUGAAGCAUCUCUAUUAAAAAAUUACUACUUGGCGGUCAGUGAGGAUAACGGGAAACGGAAACUCGUCCUUAAGAAGAAUUACGAUGAGGUGGAUGAAACGCAAAUGUUUGAUAUAAACUGAAAGUACAAACAUUUAAUUUAUUGAUACUGACCAUCAAUGUGCAUGGGAAAAUCUGCUUGCAAGGACAUGCUAGCUUAAUGGCAUAUUUAUUUAUUAAUACUACAAUGGAUUUCAGUCUAGACCAGUGAUGGCUAACCUUGACACUCCAGCUGUUG